GAUGGUGUGUGUGUAUUAGGCGGAGUGUGCAGGCGCCAAGAGUCUUCGCCAUCGCUGUGAAUUGCCCAAGCUUGAGAAUCAUUUAGUCGCCCGAGCCCAGCCGUGGAUCAUGGCUUCCACUGCUAAGGAUGCGCGGGACCUCUUCAGUGCGAUGCGAAAUGCCUACUCCAAGACCCCGACGAGACUGAAGGUCAUCGAUGUGUACAUUCUCUACGGUUUGAUCACAGCAUUCGUACAGGUGGUGUACAUGGCAAUGGUGGGGACAUUUCCAUUUAAUGCUUUUCUAUCUGGUGUCUUGUCAUGCAUUGGCACUUCUGUGCUUGGAGUAUGUUUGCGGAUGCAGGUGAAUCCAGCCAAUAAAGAAUUCAAGGAUCUCCCUCCGGAAAGAGCGUUUGCAGAUUUUGUUUUGUGCAAUCUUGUUCUCCAUCUGGUUAUUAUGAACUUUUUGGGUUAGCCUAAACCUGGAGCCCUUCAGAAGGUGUCACCUACGUUGCAUUGUAAGACUUGACGGAGUUCUUCUAGGCCUGAACACUCACUUUUUUCAUCACAAUGUUUAAAUUCUACCGACCAGAACUCUGUGAUUGCUGUCUUGAUUCCACAUUUUUAGGGUUUGCUCCGUUUCACUUUCUGGUUUUAAGCACAGCGUUCUCUCAAAGUCGAGAAACAUAUUGACAGCACUGUUUGUUGUAUGUGAAUUGACUAGACUGUAAGGGGUCUAAGUUUGACUAGAAUCUAAGGGUCUUUUUUGUAGUGAAUUUAGUUGUUUAUCAUGGGCUUGCUUUCUAAAUACUCUUGGAGAGAUUGCAUAAAUGUUAGAGGUUCUAAUUUAACAAGGUUCAGAACUCCUUAUCUUGCUUUA